CCGGGGCCUGGGAACGCAGAGCCCGGGCCCGCGGACCCCGAGGAGCCGGCCGUGCUUCUGGAGGCCAUCGGGCCGGUGCACCAGAACCGAUUCAUCCGGCAGGAGCGGCAGCGCCAGCAGCAGCGGAAUGAGGAGCUCCUCGCCGAGAGGAAACCCGGGCCGGCAGAGGCCCGAGAACGGAGACCCAGCCCUGGGGAGGCCCGGGGCCAGAGCCCCAAGGGAAGGGAGGCCGGAGAAGACCGGCUGAGCCCCAGGGAGGCCAGAGGAAGGAGGCUGGGGACCGGGCCGGCCCAGGAGCACAGCCCCAAGCCUGUGGAGGCCAGAGACUGGAGGCAGAGCCGGGGCGAGGAAGGAGACCGGAGCACCAGGCUGCCAGAGCCAUGGAGGUGGAGGCUGAGCCCAGAGGACACCAAGGAGCGGAGCCCCAGCCUAGUGGAUCCCGGAGAGCAGAGUCCCCCGGGGAGAGAGGCGGUGGACAGCAGCCUGGGCCCGGGCGGGUCUGCACUAGCAGAGGCUCGCGAGUGGAGGCUUGAGCCCAGAGAGCCUCCAGAGCAGCGUUCAGUACCAGUGGAGGCAGCAGAGUGGAGGCUGAGCUCAGAAGAGAGAGAAGGCUGUGUGGAGGAACAUGGGAGGGAAGAACACAGCCCGGCCCCAUUGGUGGCUCCGGAGGAGAUUGCAGGGCCCCCAGAAGCUCCAAGUGGGGAACCCCAGGACAUCUCCAGAGGUGUGGAGAUGGUGGAGCAGAGGCCUGGCCCAGUGGAGGCGGGCGAGCGGGGCCUGAGGUCCACCGAAGGCUGGAAGUGGACGCUGAACUCUGGCAAGGCUCGAGAAUGGACAGCCAGGGACACAGAGACUCCGAAUUUGAAACCAGACCCUCCGGGGUGCCCUGAACAUCGACUGGAGCCUCGUGCUGCGGACUCUGGGGAAGGAGAGGCCGAGACUGCAGGGGCUGGGAGCAGGCCUCUGGGAGCCCCCGGGGAGCAGGACCGCGGCUCUGUGCCCUCCCCCCUGCCAUCACCACACACCUUCACGGUCAACCCCCGCCGCUCUGCGCCCCCUGCAAGCCCCGCCACUCCGGCCACCCCGGCCCCAGGCAACACUGCAGUGCUGGGGCCUGGGAAGAAGCGCACCUUCACGGUCAACCCCCGCCGCUCUGCGCCCCCUGCAAGCCCCGCCACUCCGGCCACCCCGGCCCCAGGCAACACUGCAGUGCUGGGGCCUGGGAAGAAGCGGUACCCCACUGCUGAGGAGAUCUUGGUUCUGGGGGGCUACCUCCGUCUCAGCCGCAGCUGCCUUGUCAAGGGGUCCCCUGAGAGACACCAUAAACAGCUCAGGAUCUCCUUCAGCGAGACGGCCCUGGAGACCACGUACCAGUACCCUUCGGAAAGCUCGGUGCUGGAGGAGCUGGGCCCAGAGCCCGAGGCCCCCAGGCCCCCCGCGGCACAGCCGGACGACGAGGAGGACGAGGAGGAGCUGCUGCUGCUGCAUCAGGGCUCCCUGAGCGCCCCGGGCUCCGAGGGACCGUCUGAGGUCCGCCUCCCUCAGACGGGAGUCUCCACAGCCUGCAGGUGGAGAGCAGUGCGCGAGACUGCUGCUCGGCCCAGGCUGACACCAGCUUGCCAACCUCCUGCCUCAGCCUCCGGGCUGCUGGGACUGCAGUAG